AUGUUCAAAAUUAAUUGUUAUGAAGAUGGAUUGAACACUUUGAUAACAAAAAUAAAGCUACAGAUGCAUUAACAACCAAUUCGAAAAAAUAGAUUUUAAAUUUAAGAAAUUCGAAAGAAUGAUUUCAAAAUAAGAUCUAAUCUUCUUUCUUUAGCAUCUAAUAUUCAAAACAGUGUUAUAAAUUCUUCAACAAUAAAAGAUUAUUAAAAAUUAAUUGAAACAAAAAGGAGAUACACUCUUUUGCCCUUAAAAAAUAAUCUUUCAAUAUCUCCUCAAAAAGAAAAGUUGUAACGAAAAGCCAGCAUCUUAAAUAAAUAGAAAUUGAUGAAAUUAAAAUGUGAAAUAAGAGCAUGGACUAUUUUGAACACAAACUAAACAGAUCAAUAAUGA